CCUCUUUACAUAAAGCAGUUAAACUUUGUGCUUCUGACCAGCGGCAUGGUCUUGGGGACAGUUCUGCUUCCACCUAACAGUUAUGGCAGAGAUCAGAACACAUCACGUUGCUGCCUGUGCAGUGAGGCCUCAGGAUCUGCUGUACCCAACUUGACAGAUCACUUUGCCAGCUGUGUGGAGGAUGGAUUUGAGGGAGACAAGACUGGAGGCAAUAGUCCAGAAGCUUUGCACCGCCCUUAUGGUUGUGAUGUUGAAUCCCAGGCACUGAACGAAGCUAUCAGGUGGAGUUCCAAGGAGAACUUGCUUGGAGCCACUGAGAGUGACCCUAAUCUCUUUGUUGCACUUUAUGAUUUUGUAGCAAGUGGUGAUAACACACUCAGCAUCACUAAAGGUGAAAAACUACGAGUUCUUGGUUAUAACCAGAAUGGCGAGUGGAGUGAAGUUCGUUCUAAGAAUGGACAGGGUUGGGUGCCAAGCAACUAUAUCACCCCAGUAAAUAGCCUGGAAAAACAUUCCUGGUACCAUGGGCCUGUAUCACGCAGUGCAGCCGAGUAUCUACUCAGCAGUCUAAUCAAUGGCAGUUUCCUGGUGCGAGAAAGUGAGAGCAGCCCUGGGCAGCUGUCCAUCUCGCUCAGGUAUGAGGGGCGUGUGUAUCACUACAGGAUCAAUACCACCACAGACGGCAAGGUGUAUGUGACUGCUGAGAGCCGCUUUAGCACUUUGGCAGAGCUUGUUCACCAUCAUUCCACAGUGGCUGAUGGGCUGGUGACAACAUUACACUACCCAGCACCCAAGUGUAAUAAGCCAACAGUCUAUGGUGUAUCCCCCAUCCAUGACAAAUGGGAAAUGGAACGAACAGAUAUUACCAUGAAGCACAAACUUGGGGGCGGUCAGUAUGGAGAGGUUUAUGUUGGUGUCUGGAAAAAAUAUAGCCUUACAGUUGCUGUGAAAACACUGAAGGAAGAUACCAUGGAGGUUGAAGAAUUCCUAAAAGAAGCUGCAGUGAUGAAGGAAAUCAAGCAUCCUAAUCUGGUGCAACUAUUAGGUGUGUGUACUUUGGAGCCACCAUUUUAUAUUGUGACUGAAUACAUGCCAUAUGGAAAUCUGCUUGAUUAUCUCAGAGAAUGCAACCGAGAAGAGGUGACUGCAGUUGUACUGCUUUACAUGGCCACUCAGAUCUCUUCUGCAAUGGAGUAUUUAGAGAAGAAGAAUUUUAUCCAUAGAGAUCUUGCAGCACGCAAUUGCCUAGUGGGAGAAAACCAUGUGGUAAAAGUGGCUGACUUUGGCUUAAGUAGACUGAUGACUGGAGAUACCUAUACUGCUCAUGCUGGAGCCAAAUUUCCUAUUAAAUGGACAGCACCAGAGAGUCUUGCCUACAAUACUUUCUCAAUUAAAUCAGAUGUCUGGGCUUUUGGGGUACUAUUAUGGGAAAUCGCUACAUAUGGAAUGUCACCAUACCCAGGUAUUGACCUGUCUCAGGUCUAUGAUCUACUGGAAAAAGGAUAUCGAAUGGAACAACCUGAGGGAUGCCCUCCUAAAGUUUAUGAACUUAUGAGGGCAUGCUGGAAAUGGAGCCCUGCUGACAGGCCCUCUUUUGCUGAAACACAUCAAGCUUUUGAAACCAUGUUCCAUGACUCUAGCAUUUCUGAAGAGGUAGCCGAGGAGCUUGGGAGAGCUGCCUCCUCCUCGUCGGUGGUUCCAUACCUGCCCCGAUUACCUAUACUUCCUUCCAAGAUGCGGACCCUGAAAAAACAGGUGGAGAACAAAGAGAACAUUGAAGGAGCACAAGAUGCCGCAGAAAAUCCUGCCUCCAGUUCAGCACCAGGGUUCAUUAGAAGUACACAGGCCUCCAGUGGGUCCCCAGCACUGCCUCGAAAACAGAGAGACAAGUCACCCAGCAGCCUCUUGGAAGAUGCCAAAGAGACAUGCUUCACCAGGGAUAGGAAGGGAGGCUUCUUCAGUUCCUUCAUGAAAAAGAGAAAUGCUCCCACACCCCCUAAACGCAGCAGCUCUUUCCGAGAAAUGGAGAAUCAGCCCCACAAGAAAUAUGAACUCACGGGUAACUUCUCACCUGUUGCUUCUCUACAGCAUGCUGACGGGUUCUCUUUCACUCCUGCCCAGCAAGAGACGAACCUGGUGCCACCCAAGUGCUAUGGGGGGAGCUUUGCACAGAGGAACCUCUGUAAUGACGACAGUGGCGGGGGUGGGGGCAGUGGCGCUGCUGGGGGUGGGUGGUCUGGCAUCACAGGCUUCUUUACACCUCGCUUAAUCAAAAAGACACUGGGCUUACGAGCAGGUAAACCUACAGCCAGUGAUGACACUUCCAAGCCUUUUCCAAGGUCCAACUCUACAUCUUCCAUGUCCUCAGGGCUUCCAGAGCAGGAUAGGAUGGCAAUGACCCUUCCCAGGAACUGCCAGAGGUCCAAACUCCAGCUGGAAAGGACAGUGUCCGCCUCUUCUCAGCCAGAAGAGAAUGUGGACAGGGCCAGUGACACGCUUCCAAAAAAAUCAGAGGAAGGUGCUGCUCCAGCCAGGGAGAGACCAAAAGCCAAACUGUUGCCCAGAGGAGCCACAGCACUUCCUCUGAGAGCCCCUUCUGGGGACCCUGCCAUGACCGAGAAGGACUCUCCAGGGGUGGGAACGGCUGGAGUGGCAGCUGCACCCAAGGGCAAGGAGAGGAAUGGUGGGGCACGCCUUGGGACGGCUGGAGUCCCGGAGGAUGGAGAGCAGCCAGGCUGGUCUUCUCCAGCCAAGGCUGCGGCCGUCCUUCCAACCACUCACAACCACAAAGUGCCAGUCCUCAUCUCGCCCACUCUCAAACACACUCCAGCGGACGUGCAGCUCAUUGGCACAGACUCUCAGGGGAAUAAAUUCAAGCUCUUAUCUGAGCAUCAGGUCACAUCCUCUGCAGACAAGGAUCGCCCCCGACGGGUAAAACCAAAGUGUGCCCCACCUCCACCGCCGGUGAUGAGACUCCUGCAGCAUCCGUCCGUGUGCUCAGACCCUGCGGAAGAGCCAGCUGCCCUGACUGCAGGACAGUCCACGUCAGAAACACAGGAAGGAGGGAAAAAGGCAGCUCCAGGGGCAGUGCCCAUCAGUGGGAAAGCUGGGAGGCCGGUGAUGCCUCCACCCCAAGUGCCUCUGCCCACAUCUUCCGUCUCGCCAGCCAAGAUGGCCAAUGGCACAGCAGGUACUAAGGUGGCUCUGAGAAAAACCAAACAGGCAGCUGAGAAAAUCUCAGCAGACAAAAUCAGCAAAGAGGCCCUGCUGGAAUGUGCUGACCUACUGUCCAGUGCAAUCACAGAACCUGUGCCCAAUAGCCAGCUGGUCGACACUGGACACCAGCUGCUCGACUACUGCUCAGGCUAUGUGGACUGCAUCCCCCAGACUCGCAACAAAUUCGCCUUCCGAGAGGCUGUAAGCAAACUGGAGCUCAGCCUGCAGGAGCUGCAGGUGUCCUCAGCAGUUGCUGCUGUGCCCGGGGCAAACCCUGUCCUUAAUAACUUACUGUCCUGUGUACAGGAAAUCAGUGACGUGGUGCAGAGGUAGCCACUGUUAGUCUGGUGGGAAAAUGCGUACACAUUUCUGGGGGAGAGGGAAAGGGACAUGUUUUCCUGUGUUCUUGUUUUCAAAAAAUGAAAGACUGAUACUUGAGUGUGUUUAUGUGAAGUACCUCAGAUCCCUGAGUUCUCACGUUUACAGGUUCAUCUCAAAAAUAAAACACAAAUCAUGUGAACAUAGGAGAGGUGAAUUAGGUAGGGGCAAGGCAGUGGUAGACAAGGAAAUGCACCAGAAUUCGGGGAACUUGGGUGUGACAGAAAUGCAGUCCGUCCUUACCUGGAACCCUGUGAGGUGCUGGACUGGGCCACUGGUCAGCACUAAGGGUGAGUGUGCCCCGGUUCACCUGGCAGCUUCGGUGGGAUAAGAAAAGGAAAGCUGGGCCUGUGCCAAGAGCAGGUUUGCUCCAGGCCAGCCCUGUUAUCUUUGCUUCCACAGGUCAUUGCUGCUGCGGUAAGAACUGCGGGUCAGGUUGCUAGAACACAGACCAGGAAACGUGACCGCCUGCCUGCCCCUGUCUGCCUGCCUUUGGUGCAUUGGUGCAGGGGGUAAAGAGUGCUGGGAGGUGUCAUCUGGGAAGUUGAAGCCUCCUCCUGAAUUGCUCCUUAUCGGUCCCAUCCCCAGUCUGAUACAUUAUUCAUGGACCAGGACUGGCUGACUGCUUGUUGGUGGCUGUCUGUUUACUGUAGGUGUAGGGGUCUCCUUAGUGGUUCUGCCCUGUCCCUUGCAGGGCAGGCUGUCUUCCUUUAUUUCUGGCAGCAUUCAGGGCAUUCACUCAUUGAUCUUGAAAGCAGGGGUCACUGCAGGUUCUCACAGGGGAAGCCUUUUCUGACAUAGUGCCCCUGCAUAUUGACACACUGGCCGAGGACUGCAUAUUUCUUUACCUACUAGAAUACCAAGGAGGUGGUCCUUUCUUGAAACUGCACAGCCAAGCCUGUGACAGAGGAGAAGCUGGCUUGGUUGUAAUGACUGUUUCUCCCUCCCUCAUCACCUUCAGCCCAACCGGGUAGACAGUAGGGGAAGGCAUCCCCCAGCCCUGCACCCCCCCUCCACCCCACUUGAAUUAUCCCAUUAUGCUUUUCUCUUCUCACAUAUCUGCCCCAUUCCCCAUCGUUGUACUUGUGUAGUUCAUGUUGGGAAUAUUCUGUAUUUAUUUUACCAUUUCAUCUCUGUUUUAAGAGUACGUAAUUGAAGGAGUAGGUCCUUUUCAGGGAGUACCAGUUAGAUCCUGGAAACCUAAUGACUUACCCUUAAAUAGAUUUUGUCCUUGAAAAAUAGGCCUUUCUCUUCCCUAUUCAAUAUAAUUAUGGAAAACUAUGGCAUAGAGUUGAGUCUAAUGGGUUAAAUAUUAUUAAUGUUCUUGGUAUCAGGUCUAAUUCCAGUUACUGCUUCAUUCUUUUUAGAAAGCUUUAUGAACCCUCCCUCCAUUCACAGGGAGGAACCAGUACAAAGAGAACCCAGUACAAAGUAUUUUUAUUUUCUUCUCCCAAAGGAAUAUUAGCAUAGGAAGAUAGGAAUUCAACAUUGAGCAGAGAGUUUUCUUCCUGGCUGUCCAAUCGAUCCCCUGUCAGGCCUCAGCCCUGUCUCUUAAUCCAUUAAAUGAUGGUAACAGUGCAUGUUCUCAAGGGCGUUUUCAAAUAAAUGUAUAGCUAACCCUUUGAUAGCCUCCCUGGAAAGCUCUUUAAUGCAUUGUUAUGUUGAAUUGUUUUUCUUUCUUUGCAGAGUAGCAGAUGCUACUGAAUUUAGAACUGCUGAGCUUGUGUUAAUUAAGCUAGAAUACUGAGGAAGAAACUGUUUUCAUCAGAGUUUGGCAUUUUUUUGACCAAGUUAGUUUUUUAUCACUGCUGCUCCAAAGGAGGCUCAGGUUAAGAGAAGGAUUCGCAGGGAGGAGACAGUACCAGGUAUGCUGGCAGGUGUUGAGUGAUCCGUGUCAGUAUGUGACCAGUAGCUGUAACAAAAGCAACUGGUGGUCCUGUUAAUAUCUUUGUAGUAAUUGGAAGAGAACUUGGAUUUAAAACCACCCUUUUUCCUUACUGCUCCCCCUUAUCAAAUACCAUAAACUUGAACUUAUUUUAGUAGUUAGUCUUUUAAAGGUGGAGAAGAGAAAGCUGAAAUUUAGAAUAUUGUUAUGCUGCUUUUUAAGUUUAUCCCUGCCAUUGUGGAAUGCAAGUUAAGGGAUUAUAAUUGUUUUCAGGGGAUUUUUUUUUUUUUUUAACAAAGGCUCUAUUUUUUCUUAAGAGUUCUGAAAAUAAGCCUUGCAGAAACACUACUGAGUGUAUUUCAGCUCCCUGGUUUUCUCACUGAAAAAACGAUCUUGAGGAUGGUGGGUGGGGGGCUGCAUCUUACUCAGGGCAGCACCUAUUUCUGUCUUGCUUACAGUGGGUGCUCAAUAAAUCCAUAAAUUGAAUUGAUUCUUCUCAGCACUGUCACAAGUAGCAUUAACUAUCGCAGCACACCCCAUCCACAUGAUGCUUGGACUGUGUGACGUCAGGGGUGAGGGCUCAGGGCUCAGGUUGAAGAGGCACUGUCAACUUGCUAUAAAAGUACAAGUUAUGAUUAUGCUUGUAAAGGACCAGUUUUAAAGAGAAAAAAAAAAAAGAAUCAAAACUUUAUGUGAAUUAAAAGGUUUGAAUCCAAAGCAGAGAAAACUGCUUCUAGAGAUUAAAAAUGUCGUUUAAUUUAUCUAAUCUAAAAGCAGGUAGUAAAGGAAAAGGCCUUGUACAUUGUGUUGACGAGUGUCUGAAGUGCUCUAUAGAUGCGCAUACCUUUGGGUUGCCAUGGCGUGUUUUCCUUUCAUGUACAGGUAAUAUGAUUUGAGUUUAAAUUUUCUACCUUAAAAUGCAAUGUUUUGUGUUGACUAUAUGAAUUGUGCAUUACACAGAGUUUUUUUCUAAAAGGCUUUGUGUAAAGUUAACAUGUACAGUUUUUCCUACAGACUCCUAUCAUGACUUUCAGAGAUACAGCCUUAAAAAUUUUGGCCCUGAUGGGGUGCAGUGGUGCACACCUAUAAUCCGAGCCACUUAAGAGGCUGAGACAUGAGGAUCAUAAAUUUGAGGCCAGCCUCAGCAACUUAGUGAGGCCCUCAGCAAUUUGCAGCAUGUCUCCAAAAACAAAAGGGCUGGGGAUGUAGCUUAGUGGUAAAGUACCCCUGGAUUAAGUACCCAGGGCCAAAAAGAUAUUUUAUGUGUUCUUACAGUGAACUUGAUACCAAGCUGUGAGCUCUGUUAUGCAAGAAUGUUUUUCUAGAUGACUUAUAUAUACAUAGAGGUCAUUAAAGCUGACACCCUUUCCCAGAUGCAUUUUAAGGUUUAAAUUAGAAAUUUUCUUACAAUUCAAUUGAAAGUUGGCAGUAAAAUAGUUCUUAGUUCAUAAAACAUGCUGCCUAUUCUAAGGCACAGCCCAUGUUUAUUUAACUAAAGUCAGAUCUUUUGCGUUUAAAAGAUGCAGUAUAGAUAGUGGUUUAGAGUUCGGGCUCAAAACCAGUGAAGAAGACAAGUCAUUUAACUUUGUUGAGCCUCAGUUUCCUCGUUGUAAAACAGGGAUGAUAAUAGUAACUACCUCAGGGUUGUUGUAAGGAUUAAAUGAGGUAAUGUUUAUAAAAUCCUUAGCUCAAGUGCCUAGCACACAAUGGCACUCCAUAACUGUCAACUAGUAUUAUUAUUAACACUUAAUCCAGGAAAGUACAACAGAAUCGUUUAGGGUUUUUUUUUGUUUGUUUGUUUGUUUUUUUUUUUUUUUAAGAAAAACUGAUGAAUUAUUCCCAUUCCAGAUCAGAAUUCCCAGUGGGGUGAGAUCUCAGCCAGUGUGCUUUCAAAGAAUCUCACCAGGUAUUUGAGAUACCCAACACUAUCUGAAAACUGUCAGUGACCUUUUCUUCAUAGAUUAGGAGAUCAGGAGGAGAGGAUGGUCAAGUCACUCUAGCAUUAUCUUAACAGUCAAUGACCGGGCCAAGGCUGAAUUCAGGGCUUCUGACUGCUGGUUGUGGCUCUUCACCACACCUGCUGCCUUGUGGGACACUGUGAAGAAAGUGGCUCAGAGAGACAAUCAGUGUGCAGGGCGCUGCACGCUCUCUAAAGCACAGGCUUGUGGCACACUCUGACCCUCAGGGGCUUGACUGUUGAGAAAUGGCAGCUCUGGCAGAGCAGCAUUCAGGAGAACUCCGUGAUUUAAAAGAUUAUUUGGGGUGGUUCUUUUGGACUGAUCUCACCAACAACCGUCUGCACUUUGUAGUAAAGGAAUAUCAACUUAAAAGUUGUUUUUUUUUUUUUAACUAGUCCUACAUUCCUUUUUCUUAAACGACUUUAUUGUUCAAUAUCACUUUAAUGACUGAGUUAAUGUAUAUGAAAGCACUUUGGAAAAGUAUCAAAUCUAAUAUAACUAUAAAGUUGUAUUAUGAAUGUCUGUGUAGAAGAGAAAACAUUUCACUAGUGCUGAUUGGCCUAAACGCUUUUACCUGGGGGGGGACCUGAAACUGCAGCUAUAUGAAGAAUCACCUGUGUAAUUUAUACAUUUAUAAACAUGAAACUGCUACAAGAAUAUGUGCAGGUAUAGCACAUGGUUUGCUACAGUUGUAGUUCAGAGCUGAAUAAAUUCAGGAAAAUUAGGGACCAACUUUUUGGUUUAAUUGUGCUCUUUAAAAAGUAAUGAAGUGUACUUGGCUUCAGAAUACAGAAGCUCUUCUGGGGACCUUGGCUCAAGAAGGAUGAGGCCUCUUACUCUUGAAUAUUUGUCUACAACCUGCCCAGCCAUUGGUAUCCUAAAUGUGGUGGAGCAGACUCGUUAUCUGUUGGUGUUGACAGUGUCUUUUUUAACCUACGUCCUUUGUGGAUUUGGAGGAUGCAUGGGGCCAGGGCAUUGGGUUAUUACUUCUAGGAUUUCCUACUAGUUGUGACAUUGACAUUUAUCAUCUUUGUUUUUAUCCCAGGAAGAGUAGAUGAACUUAAUUUACCUGUUAGAUUAUUAAAUACUGAAGAGUAAAUUGCAGUGGGACUGAUGUGGGUUACAGCUGUGCUUCAUUUUGACCCCUUCCACCCCUUUCCAUUUUUGCUUGCAUUUACCUGUUCCACCUGGACUGGGGUCCAUCUUUGUAUCUCAAGCAUCUGUUAUGACCAGUCCUUCUUAAGUAGGUGGGUCUCUGGGUUAAGUUUCCUUUCAGGGACCGAUAGACUCCCCAGGCUAUAUUUCUUAUUAAGUCAGUAGCCCAGCUUCUUUGAAAAUGCCUACUUCAGUUUGUGGGCAAGCGAGAGAUCUAGGGAUCUUCCAUGUGACAACCUGGGGAAACUGCUGGCUACAACCUCACCAGAAAGGCCAGGUCUUGGGCUGGUUCUAAAACUUCUGUUCUUAACAGGAUAUCUACAUCUUUUGUAUAGAGUUCCAGUUUUCUAACUUCCAGACUUUUCAAAGUCCAAUAAUUCAAGGCCAGCUUUUUGGGGGUUGGGUGCCAGUCAGCAGUGCCUGGAGUAAUGGUGACUGUUACUGCCAUGUUAAGCACAACCUCACUGCCAUCCCUACCCUCCUCUUAGGAAGCAUGGGCAAGUUUCAGGGCUAGGGACUGGACAUGAGUGUGGGCACGAUAGUAUUUCCUUUGUUUCUGACUCAUGAUCCUAGAUGUAAAGGCCAGGAAAUGAGGAAGCUCUAGCCUUGUAAUUGGGGUGAAAGAAGAUCCUGUGCUUCUCCUUGAGUAAGGAAGCCUACAGCAGGCAUCUGGAUUCUAAGCUGACUUGGAGCAGCAGAGGCCACCCAUAAAGAUUUGUACCUUCAAAGAUGGGUUUAUGAUUUUUGCAGUAGAAAAGGUUUGUCUGCUCGGUUGCCGUCAUGAUUGAGCUAGGUCUGGGAGAAAUGGGCUUCAGUGGAGUUCAAAGCCUCAGGCGGUGAGACUCCGCAACUGAGGGCUUUCCUCACAGCUAGCCCUGAUGGGAAGGAAUGCUACAGGUUUCUCUGUCCCUGAGUGAGCCCAGGGAGGGGAGCUCUUCCUAGACCCUGUCCCCCCCUCCAGAUGCAUGCACUUCUUUCCUCCUAUGUACAGCUAUGGAUUUGAAAUUGUUUACCUCUCCUAGGAAAAUGUCUUUUCACCUCCCCAUUACUAAUCAAACUGAACACGGUAGCAAAGCCCUUUCAACUGGGACAGAGUGGACAGAUGGCAUGUUGAGUGGGUCUUCAAACCUGCAGACCAUAUAAGGGGACACAGUCUUUAAGUUGAAAGGCUAGGCACAGUCUUGUCCCCAGACUAGACCACGUUUAGGGCAGAAUUGUGAUACCUGAACUCUGCACUUUCUGGGAGAUUCUUUUUUCACCAUUGCAAGAGCAAAUUUCAAGGUCGUAUGUUUCUGCAAGUGACUGAGCUGUGCACACAGAGCUUGAGGUCUCCGAACAUACUACUUAACCCUUUAAGGAGCUGGUAAAGGCAAACUGUCACAUGCCAACAAACGUUAUAAAGGAAAUGCAGGAGUUCUUUGGUUGGAACUGGGUUAGAUUUGCUUCUGAGCCUCAGAAUAGGAGGUUUAAAUCAUGUUUAGGUACCAUAAAAUUUAGUUGGAGAAGAGGACUUGUGCUUAAUAAUUUUUUUCCACAUAUGGGUACCUAAUUUUCAUUAAUUAUUAUACAACAAAAAUAAGUAAGCCAAAUAAAUUUAAUCUUGUUUAGAAAUUGAACGCAUGAUGCUCAGUGAACUCCAAGUACUGCUCUGUCGUUUUUAAGUCCCACACCAUGUAUUGUGCGUGGCAAGAAUGCAGAGAGAGAGAGAUCUGAGAGACACUCCUGAUAGAUGAGGGCUCCCUAAACCAGCUUUCUUCAUUUAGACAGCCAGUUUUCAUUGUGGCCACUUGGACUCCAUUAUGAGAAGAAUUUUCUGAGAUCUUGAGAAAUCACCUUGAUCAGGCUGACUGUCUUCCAGGGAAUUAGUAUACAGAAAUAGAACAAUGAGGCACUUACCUUGUAGUUCCCUAAAGAACUGUGUUUGAAAACCCUCCCCUCUCAGACCUGUGCACACAUUUAUGUAGUCAGCGCACGCGCACUGUUGUGCGCCCGCCCUGAGAAGCAGGGGUGUAAGUGCAAGGGGAGUGAGUCGCAUCUUGCCUUGUGCACAGGGGCAGUGGCGGGGUUGGUGUGUGGGCCACAGGCAGGCUGGCUGAGCCACUGAUGCAGACACAGCCCGUCUCCCUCACAGACCCUGCACUUUUCCUUCUUUGCUUUCUGACUUUAUAAAGACUAUCAGUGGAGAAACCCCAGUUUUGUGCUUGCUUGAUUAAAAAAAAAGUUUGGACAUUUCAUGGUUGUUGACAGAACUUUGUCCUGAAACAUGCUAAUUCAGAAAAAGUGUUCAAUGUUUAUACCAAAGGUUACGCUCUGCAGGUGUGUGGUGCACAGAGGGUGCUAUGUGUUGCUACGGGGACACAGUGCACAGUGAGACAGUAUGCGAUUUAACUGAAAACACUUCAAUCAUGGGUCACACUACCAGUGUUGUCAGGUAUUUGUUCUUUAUUGUUAUUGUAAUAUAUUUUCAAUUGUUUUUCUAAUUUAAUUCUCACUCUGUUGUCUGACUGUGAACUGCUAACAGUGUUAAACUUGAUGUAAAUAAAUAAUGCCCUUGAAAGGGACUGCUCUCUGCCUGUCGUCUCACAAGGUUUGCAAGUUGUGUUUUGUUUUAAAUAAAGGUUGCAAUAUUUUAUUGACAAAGUGAA